GCUGCGGCGACUGACGUCGCCUCCCACCUCCGCAGGCGCGGCGAACCCCGCCGCCAAGGACAAAAGAGCGGCCCCGGCAGGAUGAGCAGCGCUGACGUGGGCAAGUUCAACAUUUCAGAAAGAUGAUGAUGAUUCUGAUUUGUUGAUAGUCCCACCAGCCCCGUCAACCCCACCUGCUUUAAGAAGCAGGAAAGUAAGGGAUGACAGUGAUGACGAGAAUCUAGAAGUAGAUAAAGGAUGUGAAUGUAGAAAAGAACGGGAAUGUCCCAUCACCGCAGUUUCACAUCGGACCCGACAGCGAGAUAUACAAGGCAAAGGACAAGUAGGAAACUCUUUGCCUUUGAAUGGGAAAACCCACACAAUGGACAUAAGACUCAGUUAACCUGGACGAGACUUCCACAAGGAUUCAUGAAUAGCCCGACGCUUUUUGGAAAUCAGCUGGCGAAAGAAUUGGAACUCUGGGUAACUCAAGGGAAAAUUCAGGUACCAAGAACACAAUAUCUCUUAUUGCAAUAUGUAGAUGAUAUAUUCAUUGCAACUGAACAGAAAUCACUGUGCAUACGAGUAACAAUAGAGAUCCUGAAUCAAUUGGGACUAAAUGGGUAUAAGGUUUCGAGGGAGAAAGCCCAGAUUGCCUGCACUACUGUAAUGUAUUUGGGCUGUGAAAUCUCCCAGGGACAACGGAGGUUGGGAAUUGAUCGUAUAAAGGCAAUUUGUGCUAUUCCAGAGCCUCGGAAUUUACAUGAACUGAGAACAUUCCCUGGAAUGGCGGGUUGGUGCAGGUUAUGGAUAUCGGACUAUGGACUGAUAGCUAAACCUUUAUAUGAGGCACAGAAAUCUCAGACCUUCGUUUGGGGAGGGUCCCAAAAGGAAGGUUUUAAAAAGCUAAAAGAAGCGUUAAUAAAAGCACCCGCCCUGGGAUUACCGGAUUUAACCAAGGACUUCCAGCUGUUUGUGCACGAGAGACAAAGAUUGGCAUUGGGAGUCCUGACGCAGAGACUGGGAAGCUGGAAGCGACCAGUGGGAUACUUCUCCAAACAGCUGGAUCCGGUAAGUGCUGGAUGGCCAUCGUGCCUACGAGCAGUAGCAGCAACAGUGACAUUAAUACAAGAAGCAAGGAAAUUGACCUUAGGAAAACAUAUUGAUGUAUAUGUGCCACACAUGGUAAUGACUGGUUUAGAACAAAAAGGGGGGUACUGGCUAUCCCCAAGUUGGAUGAUGAAAUACCAGGCGGUAUUAACUGAACAAGAUGAUGUGACUCUAAAGACAACUAACUUGUUGAACCCAGCAGCUUUUCUAGGUACAAAUACAGAGGACGGCAUAUUAGAACACGAUUGUGUGGAGACGAUUGAAUAUACAUAUGCGAUGAGGGCCGAUUUGAAGGAUACCCCACUUGAGCAACCUGAUCAGGAACUUUUUACUGAUGGAAGCAGUUUUGUGGAAGGUGGGGUCUGUUAUGCUGGGUAUGCAGUAACCACACAAAAUGCCCUAAUAGAAGCAAAAGCUCUGCCCCCAGGGACUUCAGCACAACGGGCAGAGAUAAUAGCUCUCAUCAGAGCUUUAGAACUGAGCAAAGGAAAGCGGGUAAGUAUAUGGACCGAUUCGAAAUAUGCAUUCGGUAUGGUCCAUAUACAUGGAGCUCUAUGGAAGGAACGAGGGCUCCUGUCCUCACAAGGGACAAAUAUAAAAUACCAAGAGGAAAUUCUGAAUUUAAUAACUGCUGUGCAAUUACCAGAACAGGUGGCUAUCAUGCACUGUAAAGCACAGCAAGGAGGAAAUUCUAAGAUAGCCGAAGGAAAUACAUUUGCGGAUCGGAUGGCUAGACGAAUUGCACGACAGGUACAGACUGUUAUGGCCCUGGUACCAACGAAGGUAAGCCCAUUACAGAAUUAUAUGAACCAAAAACCAAGAUAUUCAGAAGAAGAUGUUAAAUUGGCUGAAUUAGUAAAGGCUCGAUUGAACUCGGAAGGAUGGUACGUAACCACUACUGGACAAGUGGUGGUACCACCUGCCAUCAUGCGGACAAUUUUACAAACUGAACAUCAAAAAUGUCAUUGGGGGGCAGAGGCAUUGGUAACAUAUUUAAAACGAGGAAUGAUCUCUACACAGAUGUGAA